CCGUCCCUGAACUCACUAAUUGACCUCAGUUAUCACAAUGUCAUUAUCAGCCAACUAAGUUAAUGGUCAAAUAGUAAUGAUCUUUUAUUUUCAUUUAUUUUCAAAAAUUCAUGCAUAAGCAAAUUGUUUGACGGCACACGCUUAUCGUGUUAUUGUAACCAAAAUGUUGCUAUGUGUAUCCUUAAUACUUUGUGUUUUAAAUAAUUGUUUUUGUUCAAGUGUUUAUGGUGACGAUGCUUUUUCAAAUGAAUUAGAGUAUACUGAUCUUGCACCUCCAUACUUUUAUAAUGACUUAAGAUCUAUUUUGAAGUUCUUCGAAGAUCCUCAAUACAGAUUUACACCUGGAGUACGUGAACUUUUGAGCAUUUAUCACCAACAAAAAGUUAAGACUGAUAGACUUAACAUAACUGGUCAAGUUAAAAAACAUCCCUUGUUCGUUAUAGAAGGUCUGGCUGGAUCAGGCAAAACAACAAUAGGACAACUUUUAGCAUCCAAACUGAAUGGAGUCCAAGUCCAUUCGCCUUCAAACAGUAUUUACUCCCUAAAACCAUUAUUUCAAGGAGAUCACUUUAAAGAGUCUGCAUUUAACGCCAUGUGUCAUUACAUUACCGCACUUGAGGUAAAAGUUUUUCUAAAAUCAUCACCAGUUAUCAUGGACAGGUUCUGGCAUUCAUCCGCAUCGUAUUGGAUAUCUUAUGCAAUACAAGCCAAACCAAAUAAAUAUACGAUGCCUCCCAAAGGUAACAAAAUUUAUACAUGGCCAGAAGACUUGCUUAAGCCCGAUCAAGUAUUUCUGUUAGAUGUCGACGAAACUGUAAGAAUGGAAAGGAUAUUUGGAAGAAGUGAAAUAAAAAAUAUUACUGAUGCUGAAGUGGUUUUACACAAUCUUACCGAAUUUAGAAAUAACAUAUUAACGGCAUACAAAAAUAUGCAAAAUCCAGGAGUUAUUGUAAUAAACUCUAAUGUCUCAAUUCCAGAAGUUUUGGACGACGUUUACUCCAGAGUAAAAACAUACAUGAAAAUUUAAGGUCUCUGCAGAUCUAUUCGAAGAGUAAAACAAUUUAUUUAUUUAUAACUGUGGUAAUUAUUUUUUAAUAAAAUAUAACAAUAAAUUAA